GCUACCAGAAUCACCAUCUUCUUAUCAACAACUCUUCGAACCAGCGAACAUAAAGCUAAGCAAUGAGAGGAUCCUCAAAGCCGAAGAGAAACCUCUCCAUCAUCCUUUUGUUCGUCCCCACUUGCCUCUUAGCUCUCUUUCUCCUCCAUCUCGCUUGCUUGGGCCUCCACAUCCUCUGCGUUCGACCCAUCGCGACCCGAUACACCGCGACCCGACCCUUCAAAACCCAACCCAUCCAACACCACCAGAACAAAAGAACCCUUCAAGAAUCCGCCCCAAAUAUCACCAAACAAACCAUCACUCCUUCAAAGAGGAAGGCCAAAAGAAAUCAUCACUCGGAUUUCUCAGCCAAAGCCUUCAAAUUCUUCAGUGGGCGUAAUUGCAAUCUGAAGUUCUUCAUGACUUGGAUAUCCAAGAGCGAUUCUUUAGGCCCAAGAGAGUUCAUUUCAAUACAGAGCAUUUUCAAAUUCCACCCUGACGCUUGCCUUCUCAUAGUAUCGAACAGUUUAAGUGCUAAAAUUCUACGUCCAUUAACUUUGAGGGGUUACAUGAUAACGAUAUUAUCUCCCGAUUUCAAUUUCCUGUUCAAAAAUACGCCUGCGGAACACUGGUUCCUUAACCUGCCCCGACGCGCCAUGAACCGCCAAAACCUUUCAAAUCUUCUUCGCCUCGCUCUACUGUAUAAAUAUGGAGGAAUUUACAUGGAUGCUGAUGUUAUCGUGCUGAAGAGCUUAUCAGGAUUCAAGAAUGCGAUUGGAGCUCAAGCUAUAGAGGCUGGGACAGGGAAAUGGUCAAGACUCAACAAUGCGGUCAUGAUCUUCGACGAAAACCACCCUCUACUACACAAAUUCAUGGAGGAAUUCGCGAAGAAUUUUGACGGAAACAUAUGGGGGCAUAACGGUCCUUACCUAGUUUCAAGAGUGGCAGCGAGGCCGGUGUUCUAUCCGGUGGGGUGGAAUAGGAUUAGGGGAUUGUUUGAGAGGCCUAGAGUGGGGUAUCAUGAGAAAAGGGUGGAGGCCAAGUACGAGGGGAUUAAAAGGGAGGGCUUCGGUUUGCAUUUGUGGAAUAGGCAAAGUAGGAGGUUGGAGGUUGAAGAAGGGAGUGUUGUUUGGAGAAUUAUGAUGGAUUGUUGUGUUUUGUGUAAUUUUACAGUUGGUUAGUUGGGGGAGGGAGUUGAUGCUGAACAAAUCAUAUAACGUUUGGAAAACAAACCUACUUCGUUU